AUGUCUACUACACGCAACCCCAAAGACUCGAUGAAAUCCACCUGGCGCCAAUGGGAUCGAAACCAAUGGCACAUAUCCCACUGGCUCUUGGAACUCCUCAACAUCCAUCAUGUCGGCCUUGACGAAAAUGUCCCAGUGCACCAAAAAACAGACAAAGUCCCCUAUGCCCCAGAAUGGCAAUUCCACCGCUGGGUCCUCAUCCACGCCUUCAUCCCCCUCGCCCUCCACCAGGCCUACACUUCUUAUUCCGGUCACAACCUGCCAACACUGGUGGCCUAUGUGUACUACAGUCUCUCGCUAAAGGCCAUCGGCGUGCACCAGCUCCACGUUCUCCGGCGUGUCGGGCAACGAUAUGGGUUCUUCGACGGCGACAAGCACGCCCGUGAUGGCGUCCCUGAUGUAGGCGUGUGGAAGACUGCCCGCUCACUUCUUUCCGUCAUUGCCUUCCGGCCCAUGAUAGUCAGCCUGCUCGCCUACCAACCCAACGAGCGCCCCUCGUCAAUCAACUGGCUAUCCCUCCCCCUAGAAAUCGCCAUGUACGCAAUAGUCCUCGACUUCUGGUACUACUGGUACCACCGGGUGAUGCACGAGAACCUUACCCUCUGGCAAUUUCACCGCACCCACCACCUAACUAAGCACCCAAACCCCCUCCUAACCAGCUACGCGGACUCAGUCCAAGAGUUCUUCGAUAUCAUCGGCAUCCCCCUUCUCACAUACGCCAGCAUGAAGAUGCUAAGCUUUCCGAUGGGCUUCUACGACUGGUGGGUGUGUCAGCAGUAUGUGAUUUUCACAGAGCUACUGGGGCAUAGUGGGCUAAGGAUCGAGGCUACCGCGGUGAACCCUUUGACUUGGGUUUUAAGGGCGUUGAAGAUGGAGCUUGUUAUUGAGGACCAUGAUCUCCAUCAUCGGAGGGGGUGGAAACAAAGCCAUAAUUAUGGGAAGCAGACAAGGGUUUGGGACCGGGUUUUUGGGACGACGAUUCCGCGUGUUGAGGGUUGGGAGGGAAAUGUUGAUUAUGUUAAUACUGCGGAGAUUCCGCUUAUUUGA